AUGGGAAGUGUCAAGCAUCAGAACUUUGAAUCCAAUUUUAGCCACUUCAGCCAUCUCCACUCUCUCAAGCUAGCAACUAAGUUGUUAGCCCCAGUAUGUUUCUUUUCUGUCAUAUUUUCUUAUUCUUCUCUGCUUCCUUUCAUAUCCAACUUCAUGCAAUUCCCUAGCUUCAGUAUUGACAAGAACUACGUGUUCCUCCUCUGCAAUGGCAUUCUAGUUUUAAUUGUCAAGAACUCUGGUCUCAAAAUCAGCGAUUCUCAUCUAGACAGCAGUGCCAACCUCUAUGGAGAACAGAGCAUGAAGAGCGGAGACAGUCGUCAUAAACUGGUUGAGCUAUCAGAGAUCACGAAACCAGCAUUGGUCGCAGAGGAAAAGGUCGUCGUGGAAGUGGAAGAAGUACGAGAAGAUAAACUUGGAGGUCAUGAGAACAUUGUUGUUGAUGAAGAUGAAGAGGUAGAGGUAGAGGAAGAGGAAGUAAUUGGGUUGCUUAGUACAGAGGAAUUGAACAAGAAAUGUGAUGAUUUUAUAAGAAAGAUGAGAAACGACAUCAAAUAUGAAGCUCAACAACUUAUCAUGGUUCGAUAUUAA